UAUCCAAGAAAGAGUACGAGAUCAUCAACAAUCCUUCAUCAGCGAUCAUAAUUGGUCGAUCGGGUUAGAAGCGACUAAAGCUGGACUGGUAAUGACAGUGUUCGAGGCCAGGGCAUGGAAUUUAGCGAUGUGCUACAUAAAAUUCUUUCCGAUUUCCGACAUUUUCUCACGCAUCCUUUCCUCUGAGCUUAAACGUCUUUACGUCGCCGUGACCAACAUAUCUGGAUUUGCGAUGAAAAUGCUGAGUAUAGCAUGCCAAUCCGCAUCACUUCAUACGAAUUGGAUCAACAAAGGAAAAUUUUUUUCUGCACAGCGACAGUAUGAACAGAGCGGAAACGAGGAGAGCUACAAACUAGUCAAUGCAUAUUACAUUCAGCAGAUUGCAAGGGAUUCUGUAAACAAUUCUGAUGAUAGUACCAUAAAGAAAAAUUUCAUUAAUGCUGCUCAGGCCUUUGAAAAGUGUUCACGGCCCACUCAGGCUGCUUCAUGUUACAAG